UGAAUUUAACGCGCAGUUUUUCGCAAAUAUCAGUCAGUAUCAUUUUUGUCUUUGUCCAGGCAAGAUAUAAUAAAAUUAAUUUCUAAACAUUAUGUAAAAAUGGAAAUAUAUUUUUUGUUGUACGUGGUAACUGCUUUAAUCGGAGCACUUAUUGCUUAUUAUUUUUUUUUCACACAAAAUCGAUUCGAAAAGCAUGGAAUACCAACUCCAAAAAGAUUAUCAUAUUUAUCAAACUCUAUACGUCUUCUUAUGCGAUCAUUGUCAAUGGUAGAUAAUAUUGAAAGUCUUUAUAGUAUUAAUAAAGAUGCAAAAUACAUUGGAUUUUACGAUUUUCAUUGGCCAAUUAUUAUGCUUCAAGAUUUAGAAUUGAUAAAAAGUGUAACAGUGAAAAAUUUUGAUCAUUUUGUGGAUCAUCGUUCAUUUAUUGACCCUGAAUUGGAACCAUUAUUUGGUAAAAAUCUUUUCUCUUUGCGUGGUGAUAAGUGGCGAGAAAUAAGAACACUUCUAAGUCCUGCUUUUACAUCCAGCAAAAUGAAAGCUAUGUUUAUAUUAAUGUCACAAUGUGCUGAAAAUUUUGCGAGUCUCUUAGUUGAAAAAUCUAAAGGAAAGCCGAUAGAAAUUAAUUCAAAAGACGUUUUAACUUUUUAUACAAAUGAUACGAUAGCAACGUGUGCGUUUGGAGUUGCUGUUGAUUCAAUGAAAGAUCCAAAUAAUGAAUUUUACGUCCUUGGAAAGAAAGCUACAAACUUUAGCGGAGUAAAUAUGCUAAAAUUUAUGAUGAGUCGAAUUUCCCCGAAGUUGUCAAAAUUCAUUGGUUUAAAAAUGAUAUCAAGAGAUGUAGAAGACUUCUUCUAUCAAUUAAUUCGUGACACAAUUGCUAUGAGAGAUGAAAAAAAUAUUGUACGACCUGACAUGUUACAACUGAUGAUGGCAACUCGAGGAAAGGGAAGCGAAAGUAAAAAUCCUGAAUUAAGUAUUGAAAGUAUGACAUCUCAAGCAUUUAUAUUUUUCUUUGGUGGAUUCGAUUCUACAUCUACGCUUAUGUGUUUUGUAUUCCACGAAAUUGCAGGCAAUUUAGAAAUGCAGAAAAAACUUCAAGAUGAGAUUGAUGAAGUUUUUGAAAAAUCUGAUGGUAAUCCAACUUAUGAAGCAGUUAAUAAUAUGGAAUAUCUUGAUGCAAUCAUCAAUGAAUCCUUGAGAAUGUAUCCUAUUGGACUAAUGUUAGAUAGAUUGUGUACCAAAAGAUUCGAAUUACCCCCUGCUGUACCAGGAGGUAAACCAUAUGUUAUCGAACCAGGCAAUAAUAUUUGGAUACCAAUUUGGUCAAUUCACAGAAAUCCAGAAUACUUUCCAGAACCAAAUAAAUUCUUACCUGAAAGAUUUCUUGAAGGAGGCAAGGAAACCUUUAAUUCAUCAGCUUAUAUGCCUUUCGGACUAGGACCAAGAAUGUGCAUUGGAAAUCGAUUUGCAUUAUUAGAAACUAAAGUGCUUUUAAUACACUUCUUUAGAAUGUGUAAUGCUAAAAUUGCAAAGAAAAUGAAAAUACCAUUAAAAAUUAGCGCAAAGACUCUAAAUUUAAUGGCCGAAGGAGGAUUUUGGCUGGAGAUUGAACCAAGAAAAUAAAAAAAUGACCUUUGAUAACUGAUUGAAUCCAAGGCACAUAAGGAUGGACUCGAGUGUAAAUAUCAGGGGAUCCCGAUCCACAUUCAUAACCCAUUGAUACCACUCCUACUACUUCUCCAUUCAUGAGUAAAGGACCACCGCUAUCACCCUACAAUCAAGAAAAACAAUUUUACUUAUAAAUAAUGAAAUAAAAACAACGAUAAGAUUAUAAUAAAGGAAAUAAAUCAUAAAAGAUAAGAUUACAUCACAAAAUCCAAUUCCUUGGCUAUAGACUCCACAAAGAUGAUUUUCAUUAAUUUGAUAAGGAAUUGAUUGUAAACAUUUUUCAUUAGACAAUGUGAUAACAGGUGCUUGUUGUAACCAGUCUGAAGUACGUCCAGAGAAUGCAUAUAAAUAUCCCCAUCCUAGUACGGUAGCGUACAAAUCACUACCACAAUAGGUAUUUGGAAGCCUAACUACUUGAUGAGUUGCAUCACGUUUUACUGUUUCUGUCAACUUAUGAAUACAUAAAUUAUGUUAAUAAAUUUUUUAUUAAGUAA